AUGAGCCUACUUCCUGCCGCUUGUUUGCUGUUUUACGCAGUUUCCCGCUGUGUAGCGACGCAGAGCAUCCACCAAGGGCAAGUAACCACUGCGGAUUUGAUAGUCUCGUCCGGUUAUCCUGUGGAGCAACACUCGGCAGUGACGCUAGACGGUUACGUGUUGGGCUUAUUUCGUAUUCCUGGAAGUCCUACGAAUCCUCCAGCGAAAGGAAAGCCGGUAGUCUUUUUGCAGCAUGGCAUUCUCUGUUCAUCAACUGAUUGGAUCAUUAUGGGCCCGGGCAACUCCAUUGCGUAUCUGCUGGCAGACGCAGGCUUCGACGUUUGGUUGGGUAAUACGCGAGGAAAUACCUAUUCCCGGAAACACAUUUCGGAGGAUCCCUCUUCGGUUAAGUUCUGGGAUUUCAGCUGGCACGAAAUUGGAAUGUACGAUUUGCCAGCCAUGAUCGACACCGUGCUGCAAAGCACCCACGAAGAUAUACUACAUUACAUUGGUCAUUCGCAAGGAACGACCGCAUUUUUUGUGAUGGCUUCGCUUAAACCGGAAUACAACGUAAAGAUUCGUUCGAUGCAAGCGUUCGCUCCGGUUGCAUUCAUGGGUAACCUGAAGUCACCAUUUAUACGAGCGAUAGCGCCUUUCGUAAACCAGAUUGAGUGGAUAAUGCGAAUGCUUGGAGUGAAGGAAUUUUUGCCGAACAGUGAAAUGUUUACCUUGGGUGGUCAGAAAGCAUGUAACGAUGACUCCAGUUUCCAGGAAAUUUGUGCUAAUGUUUUAUUUCUCAUAGCUGGUUUCAAUUCGGAUCAGCUAAAUAGAACGGUUUUGCCAACAAUUUUGCAGCACACCCCAGCCGGUGCAUCAGUGUCGCAGUUUGUACAUUUUGCGCAAAACAUGAACUCUGGUCACUUCCGACAGUAUGACUACGGUAUGUUGCUUAACCUACGACGAUACGGAUCUAUUCUGCCACCAAACUAUCCUUUGGAACGAAUUUCCGCACCAGUGUUUUUACACUACGGAGAAAACGAUUGGUUAGCUGCGGUAUCCGAUGUCCAACAAUUGGAACGAAAGCUUGGAAACUCCGCUGGUCUGUUCCGUGUCCCUGACGAUCGCUGGAAUCAUUUAGACUUCACCUAUGGUAUCGAAGCACCCAGUUUACUAUAUGCGAGAGUUAUCGACGUAAUUCGGCGACUGAACGUACCGAUAGAAAAAUAA